GAGUGAGGCUGGUCGAUAGCGCAGCACUCGCCGCAGUGCCCUUGGCGCGUGCGCAGUGGACGUGCACGCAGAGCGAUCGAUCGGACAGAAUUCGCGCCUCCAUUUUUGUAGAAUAGAGCCGGAGACCCAAGAAUCGGAUCAGCGGCUGGCAAGGAAACUGUCCUCUUCUCCAAGAUGUACAGAACCAAAGUGGGCUUGAAGGACCGCCAGCAACUUUACAAGUUGAUUAUUAGCCAGCUGCUGUAUGACGGCUACAUCAGCAUUGCCAAUGGUCUCAUCAACGAAAUCAAGCCGCAGUCAGUUUGCGCACCCUCAGAGCAGCUCCUGCAUCUCAUCAAGCUAGGGAUGGAAAACGAUGACACUGCAGUUCAGUACGCAAUUGGCCGUUCAGACACAGUUGCCCCUGGCACAGGGAUUGACCUGGAGUUCGACGCAGAUGUCCAGACAAUGUCCCCAGAAGCCUCUGAGUAUGAGACAUGCUAUGUCACAUCCCAUAAAGGACCGUGCCGUGUAGCUACCUACAGUAGAGAUGGGCAGCUAAUAGCCACUGGAUCUGCUGAUGCUUCCAUAAAGAUCCUUGACACAGAAAGAAUGUUGGCUAAAAGUGCCAUGCCCAUAGAGGUCAUGAUGAAUGAGACUGCGCAACAGAACAUGGAAAACCACCCUGUGAUUCGAACUCUUUACGACCACGUGGAUGAAGUCACGUGUCUCGCUUUCCACCCAACAGAACAGAUCCUGGCCUCUGGUUCAAGGGAUUAUACUCUUAAAUUGUUUGAUUAUUCCAAACCAUCUGCAAAAAGAGCCUUCAAAUACAUUCAGGAAGCUGAAAUGUUACGCUCCAUUUCUUUUCAUCCCUCUGGAGACUUUAUACUUGUCGGAACACAACACCCUACUCUUCGCCUUUAUGAUAUCAACACGUUUCAAUGUUUUGUUUCUUGCAAUCCUCAAGAUCAGCACACAGAUGCUAUAUGCUCCGUUAAUUACAAUCCCAGUGCCAAUAUGUACGUAACAGGUAGCAAGGACGGCUGCAUCAAAUUAUGGGAUGGUGUUUCCAAUCGCUGCAUCACGACCUUUGAGAAAGCUCAUGAUGGUGCUGAAGUCUGUUCUGCCAUUUUUUCCAAAAAUUCUAAGUACAUUCUCUCAAGUGGAAAAGACUCUGUGGCUAAACUUUGGGAAAUCUCAACAGGACGAACACUGGUCAGAUACACGGGCGCGGGCCUGAGUGGACGGCAGGUGCACCGGACACAAGCCGUCUUUAACCACACCGAGGACUACGUGUUGCUGCCUGACGAGAGGACCAUCAGCCUCUGCUGCUGGGACUCGAGGACGGCUGAGCGCAGGAAUCUGCUGUCCCUGGGGCACAACAACAUUGUGCGCUGCAUUGUGCAUUCGCCCACCAACCCUGGGUUCAUGACAUGCAGUGACGACUUCAGAGCCCGGUUUUGGUACCGGCGAUCAACCACUGACUGAGUCGCCCCACUGAAAGGACUCUUGUCUCGAGGACUCUGCCUUGCUCCCCUGUGUCCUGCCGUCAGCUUCAGUCGUAAGUCAAACCACCUGCAGCGUGCUCCCACCUCUUACCUACAUCCUUCUUGGAUUUGUACAAGAGAAUCUUUUUACCUUGAUGGAGAAUCAUGGUAGAAAAGGUUGGAAACAGAUCCGUGCAGUUCUGCAUUCACUGAUUAUUACAGUGUGAUUUUUAUCGGCUUUGUAAAUACAGGACUCGCUGUUUCUUUGACUCUGGGUCAUUUGGAGGAGGAUAGACUAUUAAAGUGCUUU